UUAUUUUGAUUGAUAUAUGGGUUAAUGUUUUUAACACAACUAUAAUUUUAAAAUGCUUAUGAAAUAUUUCUUCUGACUUUUUAAUAAUCUUUGAGGGUUUGUUAAAGGGAGAAAACAAUACUUUAAAAAAGUACUUGAUAUUUUUAUACUGUACAUUUUUGCAGCAUGUCCGUCUCUUUUUAACGCUGUUUUAGUUGCUGUCCCUUUAAGACCAGACGGUUCAACUUAUUGAUCGAAAAUUUUGAAAGGCAGAAGCUGAGUCUUUAUUUGAACUGUGUAAAGUUUACGUGGUGAAGAAAUGUUAAAACAGAGAUCAAUUUAAAGAGCUGCAGGGUGAACCUGAAAGGAGGGGAGGAUCUUUAUACACUCAUGUUAGGCAGUUAUUUAUCCCCAACGCGCGACCCUGCAUUUAUUAAAACUGAUCAGAUCCUGAGCAGAUUUAGUCACUUAUAGGUGAAGAGUGCUGUGACUCCAAUCCAACCAUGCUGAAUCCACGCUUGCUGAGAGUGAGGAGCGCUCUGACCCGACAAUGCAUGGCUGAGUUCUUGGGAACAUUCGUCUUGAUUCUCUUUGGCUUAUCAGCAGCAGCGCAGGUAAAAACCAGCAGAGAGACUAAAGGCCAAACUCUGUCGAUCCACCUGUCUUGGGCCGUGGGAGUCAUGUCAGCCACGUAUCUCACCAAGGGGAUCUCAGGUGCCCACCUGAACCCCGCUGUGUCGCUGUGUUUCUGUAUUUUGGGGAAGCUGCGGUGGGGACAGCUGUUGCCGUAUUGUGUGUCACAGCUCUUAGGGGCGUAUGUGGGAGCAGCGAUGGUCUACGUGCUCUACUACGAUGCUAUAAUGGAGUUUAGUGGAGGCGUGUUGACCGUCUAUGGCCCAAACGAAACAGCAUCUAUAUUUGCCACGUAUCCAACUGAGUACCUCCCAUUAGGAGGGGGUUUUCUGGACCAAGUAGUGGGCACCGGAACGCUGCUGUUGUGCAUCCUGAGUUUGACCGAAAAGAGGAACACCCCCGCACCCCCUGAUCUGAUUGCUCCCAUAGUUGCGGGCGUCGUGCUCGGCAUCAUCAUGUCCAUGUCGGCUAACUGCGGCGCUGCUUUAAAUCCCGCUCGAGACCUGGGGCCACGCCUCCUCACGCUGACUGCGGGCUGGGGAACCGAAGUCUUUACGUGUUACAACUACUGGUUCUGGGUACCAAUUGUGGCUCCGAUUAUUGGGGCUCUUACAGGCACUUCUUUGUAUUUGGUCUUCAUCGAAUGGCAGCUGCCUGAUGAACCGCAGGAGAGUCACCCAGAAAUCUACUCCAUCAGUGGGAGCAUCAAGCCGUCCGUCGCUUUGUUGGAAAAAGUAGAGGAACCAAAGUAAUUACCAUGAAUCCUAAAUGUUAGUGAGAGAUCUUUAAGCCUUCAUGCCAAUGCAAAUAACUACUAAUUGUUCGUUGCAGUUGGUUGGUGAUAUUUUAUAAAGAUGAAGUAUUUAGCUCUGCAGGUAAAACACAAUCAUCUCCUGAGUUAUGUCAAUGAACUGCGUUAAUCCUACUUAAAAACUACUGUAAAAUUGCUGAGGUAACAUAACAGUUUUACUCUGUACUUCUCUACAUUUGAAAGUUGCAGUUCAAUAUGCAUCGGUUGCAUCAAAAACUCAUGUUAAUCUGAACAAUUAAUAGUAAAUUACUGUAAUAUGUUAACAACAAGCUGUGGUCUUUUACAAGAAAACUGUAAAAUACACUCCAGCACGAACCAAAGUAAUCCAAAACUGAAGCGAAAACAGAUUACUAGAACAAGUUACUGAAUUCUUAGGAAUACUGUCAAAACCGGCUGAGAAAAUCAAGACUCGAAAGAGACACAAUGGAUAGCAAGAGGAAACUAGACGAUGUAAGUGCAGAGGAGUCCGAUUACAAUUUGUAAAGUUCUACACAGUGGAGCAAGUUUUAUCCUACAGUUGGGUUGUAGCUGUAAGUGGAGCAGGAGAAAAUAGAAACCAAGAAAACUAAACUGCACUUCAACCAUAGCACAAAACCAGAACCAAAUCAACAUGAGAACCAACAAGUCAGGAGAAGAACAGGAAAUUUGUUUAGUGGUGAUUAUUGGUACUAAGACUCUUCAGUACUGUAUGCUUCAGUGAUUUUAACUCUACGGGGCUCCAUUCUUGAACUUGCUGCCACUUGGUGCUAUUCACUUGUAAUCUUUUUUUUUUUUUUAAGAAACAAGACCAAUCUCAUGUUUAAGCUCAAUGCCAACAGCAGCACCCUGCCUUUAUGUUCCCUGGUUGAUCUUAUGUGGCAUAACCAGUAUUACAAAUGGUGAGGUGGGAUUGCACUGUUCCUUUAAACUCAACAAAUGCUAAAACAUUUCCUGUUGACUACCUGUGCAAUAUGUUCUGCUGUUAAAUUUUCUGCAACUACAUAUUCCACAGUAAAAUAUCAGUGGUAGCAGUUGAGUUAGUUGGCAACUCAGCCACAAAGUGGUUGGCCACUUUAAAUUGUAGAGUGGGGUCAAGAGAUGCUGUGGUGUAAAAAGCUGAAAGUUCGCGCAAAGUCAACAAAUACAGAUCUCCAAGCCUUAUUUUGGCCUUCACACAGAGCUCUGUAUAGAGUGGGCUUAUGCGCCUCAAAUGUUUGGUACCAAAACCAAACAUUGGAGGCCAUCUGCAGGCUACAAGUAGAUCUGAGAAGAUCAUUUCUACAAUUCAAUCCUACAUUCUUCUUGCCUCAAGCAAAAAUAUAUAGUGGGCUUGUUUGAAAUAAUGUCUUUUCUUUUAUUCAUACAGGCUUGUGUCUCAGAGUCUUCCCUGGAAAAUGUCAUAUAAGCUCCUUUAAAUGUGACAAAUUCAUACUUUUUUUAAUGAAUAACAAGACAUUUUAAUUAAUUUCAUGCUCCCAAUGUCAGAGCACCAGUUACAUAUACCAACAAGUUUCUUUUUUUUUCUGCUGGUGAAGCCCAGAGGGAUUAUUAUAUUGCAUUCUUUGUGUGUGCAGAAAGUGAGGAAUUUGUUCCCUUUUGUGUGAAGUAGGUGCAGCACGCUUGUUGCUGACAGAGGGAGCACUGGAUUUUCCUUAAAUCCUGAAUAUGAGUGUGUGAAUAUGAAUAUGCAGGUGCAAGCAAAUCUUAAAGGUUUAUCACAAAAGUUUUUCAAAUUGGCACUCCAAUGCUUCCCAGAUGUUUACACCCUAUGUUAGUAUGUCUAAAAUAGAGAGAGACUAAACUAGAACUCGUCUUCUACAAGCAUAUUUUAUAUGAGUACAACUUUUUCUACAGGUCAUUGAGAGGUUUAUAUUGCUGCACUUGUCUUUCCUUUGUUUUAACUCAGAGAAAUUAAUCGUAUUUGCACAACCAGUCAUUUCUUGCUUUAAGAUAUAUAAUUUUAAAAUUACGACUAAAGCUGAUGUGAAGGUGUGCAACUGACAAGUUGAUGUUUGUUCAAAUUAGUUUUUUUAAUAGACCUUUUUUGCAUGCAUUUGUUUAAUUGCACAGGCCAUUGCAUACUGUGUUAAAACAGAUGUGUAAAGACACGUUUAAUCUUUCUUCUUUGUUCAUAAAAUGUAUUCAAAGUAUGACAGUUAUGUUAAA